AUUUUCGUGUAUAUUUACUUUUAAGUGACAAACACAUUAUAGUAUGGUCCAAUUAUUUUCCCUCCCGUUGUAUUAACAGGCCUAUGGGCGUAUACAGCGAUUUGCCAACUGAUGUGUGUAGUGUCGAUCGAUAUACUGACAUUUAAAAAGAAAAAGCUUUCUCCAAACUGAAGAUUUGAUAUUUUACCAGAAACGUUGAUAGAAAUGGCAAACUGUUUUACAAAAUGUUGUAAAUCCGUGAAACAUUUUCCAAGCAGAUUUCUAUGUCUAUGUUUUCAUUUUCUGCAAGCAGGAAUACUUGAUUAUUAUUUAGUAACAUAUAAAGGAAAGGCUUGGCUUGCGUGUAUCGCAGCAGAUAUAGUGGUUACCAUAGUGCUAUGCAUGUGUUUUUUUCUUUCGUACAGACAUCUAAAUCGUUCGAAAACAAAGGGAGAUAAUGAGACUAAUCAAGAGGCUGCUAGUCUGCUAUUUGUUCCAAUAUCGUGGUUUGCUUAUUCUACAUUACUCGCAAUUAAAGUAGGAAUUGCCUUCAAGGAUUUUGUUUUUCUUCUAAAUGAAGACAUAUUUUUCGGGCCAAAUACAUUGAAAACUACUAUCGCUCUAGGCGGCGUUAUAUUUGCAUUGUUGUUAGCGACAAAUCAUGAUGCAAAGCCUGGUUCCCCAAGAAGAAAAUAUAUAGAUGAAUUGACGGGGACUGUAAUAUUUGAUAUUCUUGACUGCGUGGACAGUAUGGAAAUCUUGUUUUUUAAAGAGGAAAGGGACACGUUUCCAACAGGAAUGGAUGAUGCUAUUAUUGGUAUCGCGCUUAUUAAUUUUAUAUUACCAACUAUACCGCUAGUCACUCUUUCUAAAACUAAAUAUGGAGAAGCAAAACUUUCACAUAAGCUUGUUAUGAUUCACAAAGUGUUACUCGCAUUCGUUGUCAAUUUACCAUUACUAAUAACCCGGAUGAUCUUAUGGCAUGGUUUAAGUCGUGGAAUAUCCAUAUUUUCACUGAAAAAUGUCAUAGUGAUUGGAAUGAUCUCGUUUGACUUGUAUGAGACAUUAGAAGGAGGAGAAAAUGAACAAGCUCAGAAUAAAGGCGGUGUUUCAUCACCUGGACAGGACGGACCAGCUGAAGAAUCGUAUGCAAUAGAAGACAGGUUUAACUACAUGGAUUAACAUGUCAUACUGUUUGUCGAAUGUAAUAUGCUUAUAUGAUACGAAUCUAUACGGCGACUGAUGUAAAUUAGCGUGUAACAGGAAAAUCAGUGGAUAAAUAUGUAGUAGACAAAUUUGCAGCAUGGCUCGUUAACAAUAAACGGAUGAAAUGCAUAUGGUUCUAUUAACGAAACCAUAAUUUAUUAUAUCAGUUGAAUUAAUUAUGUAUACAUACUUUAACUAAAAUGUGUAUGUGAACUUUAUAUUAAAGUUCAACAAAUUAGAAACAAAUACGAGAAAUAAAAUGUGUUCAAAUUCAA